UAUACCUGCAAAAUUAAAACGGACUUCCUUUUACAAGAGCAAUUCACAUCACGCUCUGCCUUAACUCUAUUAUUGUGCACUAAUUAAAUUGGGUAAGAAGAAGCAGUGCCAAAAUCAGCUGUUUCUGCGAAAUAUUUUAAAUAACAUCAAAGUUAAGUUUUGCAGCACAAUUUUAUUCGGAUGUGAUGUUUUUUCUUGAAAUUCAUAAAAUAUCUAGUAAAAUUUAAACAUUUAUAAAUUUAAAUAUCAAAAUGUAUGAAGAGGCUGGGCUACACCGUUUCGGCACAUCAUUGCCGGAACUGGACGAAGAUACUGUGCCGUCGAAGAAACCGAUACGACCAGAAGAUCAAAUCGUGACUGACGAAAAUGGCAAACGACGUUUUCAUGGUGCUUUCACGGGCGGCUUCAGCGCUGGCUAUUGGAAUACCGUUGGUUCGCAGGAAGGCUGGACACCAACCACAUUUAAAAGUUCACGAAGCGAAAAAGCCGCGCAGCGCUUACAGCAGCGACCUAGUGAUUUCAUGGACGAUGAGGAUCACGGUGAAUUCGGUAUAGCUCCCCAGCGCUUAGUGACACGGGCGGAAUAUACUUCAAUUGAGCCAGAGCAGAGUCGGAAACGUAAGCUGAUGGCAACAAAUAGUGGGCCUAUUCCAGGUAAACCGCUUUUGGAGCAGUUGAUAAUGCCUCUUCAGGGAAAAAUUGGAGAGCGUAUUUUAAAAAGUAUGGGCUGGCGUCCAGGACAAGGCAUUGGACCGCGUCAAACACGGAAGGAGAAAAAAAUGGCGCGAGCUAGAAAUCAACGCGAAACGUAUGUUAUGCAGCAAUAUGGUUAUCAACCCAACCCAAAAACAGCAGUUAAUUCGGAUGAGGGCGGAGAUGAGACUGAAAGUUCUGACGAAGAACCCGAAAAAAUUACAUUUGCCCCAGAUGAUUACGACCCAUAUGUGUGUAUAGCAAAAAAAGAUCGUUUUGGUCUAGGCUACCGAAGCAACUUAAGUCGAGAUCCCAUUCUUUCGAAUGCACAUUUAGCAACAACAAACAGUGGACACAUUAACCUCUUCGAACCCGCUCUAGAAGCAAUGGGUAAAAAUAAUAAGAAGAUAUCAUUUAAAGGACAAGCUUUUGGUGUAGGUGCACUGGAGGAUGAGGAUGAGGACAUAUAUGCAAAAGACGAUAUGUCCCGUUAUGAUUUUUCACUGGAAAACAAAAAGUCAACGAACAAAAAGUCAAUCAUAGAACAGGAUCAGUUGAUUGUAGGUUUCUCUGCAUCCAAUACGCCGUUGAAAAUGAAGAAGCCAGUUAAUAUUAAAGCACCCUUGGAUUUCGUACCACGAAAUUGGGCGGAACGAAGAAGUCGUUUCCAGCCCAUAGAUGCGAAGAGAGCGGAAGAGUUAGAAUCAUAUUUUAAAGAAGUAGAACAAGCAAAGCCAAGACUGAAUCCGGAUGAUCGCGCUGCACUACUAGCUGAGGGGCAGCGAAAUAAUGAGAAACAAAUUGCAAGCACCUGCUUUAAGCCCGAACAGCCACAAAAUCAAAUUCAGGAAAAAACUAUCUUGCCUAAGGGUGCAGCAAAGGAAGUUUCGAGAACUCGAGUGAAAGGAGGGUACGAUAAACUACCAGAAAGAGCGAAACAGAUGUUAAAGUCUCUAGAUGAAAAAGAUCGCUUCACACACACUACAGGUUUUGAAAAAGAUAAUACGUCCAAUAGUGACAGUGCCUAUUCAGAGAUGAUGCAGCAAGUUCAAGAAAAAUCGAAAAAGUUUGACUCCUUGUCCAAUGUAUUCAAGCCUUUUGUCCACGACGAACAGAAACAACGACGAUACGAAGAUUUUCUUUUGGCAGAUGUAAAGACCGAGGAAGAAAUUGCACGAUUCUUGAAUCAAAUACAGCCCAUACAUUUGAGCGAAUGGGAUCGGGAAAUGGAAAUGAAGGAGUUUAUGCAGGCUAGCCAAAUCUUCAAACCACUGGACGGUCUAAUGUCGCAACGCUUUGUCUCGGAGUCAAAUAUUGCAGAUACUUGUAAGCCAUCCGAGCCGUGUGUCGACAGCUUCCCUGCGCCAAAGAAAAUUACCGUUGAGCGCUCUAAAACAAUGUGGAAACCUCAUUCUUUACUCUGCAAGAGAUACAAUAUUGCUGAGCCUUUCGGCAGCCUUUUGGAGGAUGAGAAGCCUCUACCCUCUUCUUCAAAAAUGUCUGUUUUUGACUAUCUGGAAGAUUGCCUGAACAAGAAAUCUGAUUUCAAGACACCCGUUAUUGUACCACUAAAAAUACCGGAGGUCAAACCCGUUUCGAAGCAGAGGAAAGGCUCCACCGAUAACGAUGACGUGCCGGGAUCAAAAUCUGCAACAUCGGUGCCGGUGAUUACCCCCCGCAAUCCGAGUUCGUCAUCCUCCGUGACAUCUAUAGUUGUUCUCGAUCAACUGAAAGGUAGGCAUGAGAGUUCAAAAGAUACUAAAAGCGAGGAUCAAAAAGUAGGACGCUCAAAAGCGAAGACCGACUUAGAAAAACUUUCCGAAAGUUCCAUAGAGAAGCCCGCCCACGAAAAAUUGGAGUUGUACAAGGCUAUUUUCGAUGAUAGCAGUGAUGAAGAAGGCGCUGAUCAGUACGAAGUGACUGUAAUAAGUAAGGAAGGUGACAAUAGCGCUGACUGCAACAUAAAGAGAGAUUCUAUUCUCAAUUCUGAUCACGUAAACCUUUUGCGUAAUACGUCGCCUCCUCGUGGCAUCUUUAGUGCUCUGCUCUCUAAGCAAGUGGUAGCACAAAAUUCUCAGCCUACUACUUGUAAAUCUAAGGAGUCACUUGAAGGGGAAGACAAGUCGUCGACUUCGGGUAGUUCAGAAUUUGGUCUGACACCUACCCCUGCGAAAGAGGUCUCUAAGGAGACUAGAAUACAAUUUAAACAACCCUUAAGCACAUCUUCGAAGACAUCAAUAAAUUCGGCUACUACAUCAUCCUCAAGAUCGUUAAGUGAUGAGCUAAAAGUAAGCGACUUGAGUAAUGAAGAAAAGUCGCCUGUAAAGAGGCUUAUUAGCGAGCGUCUGCAAGCGGGAGGCUCUACAGAUAUAAAUUCCGAGGUGCCAAGUACUUCGUCUGGUGUGAAACCCGAUUUUUAUGGGCCACAGCUGCCUCAGCACAUACAAACUCUAAGCACUAGCAAAGCUGUAGACGAAAUGAACAAGGUUAUUGAGGAAAAAAUGAUUCGUUUUCUAGCGCAACGUGCCAAAAACUCCCGACAAGUGGAAGAUGAAGGGUGGGUGGAGAAAAAAAUUCGGAGAACACUGAAAAGUAAGAAACGAAGUACCAGCAGCAGUACCGACGAUGGGAGCAGUGACGAAGGCAAAUCACAGAGAAAGAAAGGUAGCAAAAGUAAUAAGAAAUCGAAGAAAAAAUCUCGGGAGAAAAAGUCGAAGAAAAGUAAGAAAAAGAAGAAGGAUAAAUAGUAAGUUGACCAUUUAAAGAUGUAUGUAUAUAAAAAAAUUGCAAAACGUACAAGUCAGAACUGUAAGAUAAUAAAAGAAUCCUUUGGAAGAAAAUAAAAAAAA